UUUCCUUUUCCAUGUCAGUUGUCAUCCCUGACAUUUACAUUUAGUAACGAACUUUUUAUUUUCGAUCAAUUUGAAGAAAUACCAUACCUACCAUAUACCUACCCGUUUAAAAAAUACCACAGAAAUAUGGCACAAAACGUAAAUCCUUUUUUGGAACAACAAUCGUCUGGAACAGUUAAAGAAAAUGACACUUCAAAAAGGACACAAGGCGACAGCCAUGCAGUUACUAGAAGAUUACAUAAAGAAUUAAUGACCCUCAUGAUGUCUACAGACAAAAGUAUAUCUGCCUUUCCAGAAGGUGAAAAUCUUUUUCGUUGGAUAGGCACUAUAUCAGGUCCGAAGGAUUCAGUGUAUGAGUCCUUAAAAUUUAAGCUUAAUUUUCUGUUUCCCAAUUCUUAUCCCUACUCUGCCCCUUUAGUUAAAUUUAUAACACCAUGCUUCCAUCCAAAUGUAGACACCAAUGGAAAUAUAUGUUUAGACAUACUUAAGGACAAAUGGUCAGCUUUGUACGAUGUUAGAACUAUUUUGUUAUCAAUACAGGCUCUUCUAGGGGAGCCAAAUAUUGCUAGUCCACUAAAUGCAUUAGCUGCAGAAACAUGGGAAAAGAAGGAAGACUACAAGAAACAUGUUAUGGAAAUGUACAAAGAAGGUUGAUAAAUUUUACAAUAUUCACAUAUUUUCUAAUAAAGUAAUUUAAUUUUUAAUGUGGUUCAUUGUGAUGUUUGGAUUUAAACAGAAUUUUAGUUUAGAAGAGCUUAAAAUAAUGACUGACUUGAUAUUAUUUUUUUUACCUAAAUUAUAUUUUAUUGAUUAGCUAAUUUCUGAUAUUUGAAAAUUGAUUUUUGUUUACAAUUUCCUUUAUUUUACACUUUUUUUAAUAUCUCUGAAGGAAAUAAAAGUUUUGAAAUUGA